AAACUUGCAUCAGGCUAUCAUCUUGCAUAACUUAACGUGACUGUAGCGCACCUGAAUCGACUGGAACCAGGAAAGAGCACAUGUCAAAGGAUUAGCCAUCUUCCAGCGUGGAAAACGAGUCAUCAACAAGAUGAACUCUUAUCCAGCCGAGUUACUGGUGCAACUUGCGCCCGUCAUGUUUGUGUCGGGCUUGGAUAGCUUGAAGCAACAAGUAUCGAGUACCUCCAGCAGCGAUGAAGCACCCACCACUCCGGCGACUCCGGCGACUCCAAUGCCGAAAAGCGCCAAUUUCUCCGACCAGUUCGCUGCGUUAAUAAACCGGCUACAAGAUGUGCUCAGUGUUCAACGGAAACCUGCAAUAUGGGUGCCAGAACAAGUGAGAAAGGGCAAGACAUUCCAAGUUGUCUUCGUUGAUAAGACAGUACAAUUCCCUCCUCGAAAGAUACCAGACCCGACAUCCUCUCUGCCCCCACAUUCUCCGUUAUCUCCGCUUCACCCAUCAUCUCCACUUCACCCAGAUGGUCUCAUAGCACCCAUAUGGAUCCGUAAGCAUACAUCGCUUGUGCCAUCCGUCUUCGUCUUGUUCCUCCGCCUCUUCGAGAAUCCAACUCCAGUCACUGUACCUCGUUCGCCGCUCGAGCCGGACGGUCCAGAUGUCGUAAAGGAUAAAGAAGAAAGGGAGAAGGAAGAUCGUCAACGUGACACUGAACUCGCUCGAGAAAUUGCUGAUCGGAAAAAGACCACUAACGAACGUGGCAUGAAGUUGACGGUCGUUCUACUUGCCAGCCGUCGCAUGCUUGAUGAUCCGACACUUGACGGACGACUGACUUUCAUUCGUCGGACUAGUGGUCUCGACUCACGUGCAGCCCUCUUCGUUCUUAGCCCUGUGUCUCCUUCAGAGCUAGCCGACUUUGUCAAGAGUAUUCAACAAGCACUCUUCGAUCCUGCUAUUGAAUAUUAUACCUCACAUGCAAAACGUGUUCGGCGAAAGCGAAAUAGACAUGCGCAAGCCUCCGUUCCCGCGCAUGGCCUUGCACCGGCCGCUCGCGCUCUUCCUCUUCGACCAGAGGGUUGGACUGUUCGUUAUGAAUACAAAAUGGCUUGCUUUGCAGAGUUCCGCGGGGAAGAAGAAGUUGCAUUGAAGCACUACCAGGAUUCGUAUUCGACUCUUGAAGGAAUGUUUACAUCUCCAUCAAUCCUCCUGCCCAGAACAAAACGAUGGGCAGAAGCGAAAGUACUCGCUGAUUCGAUGAACAUCAAGAUCUGUAAACUCUUCCUGUAUAAUGCAGAGCACGCGCUUGCACUUUCUCAACUGAACUCACACAUGAGACGAUUUUGCGAUCUCUCGGCUCGUGUGUGGGGUAUCGAUGAAGACACGUACGAAUUCUGGAGCUGGGUUGCCCGACAAUACCGUAUUUUCGCAGAACUGCUCGAACAGGGAACUCAAUUUGGUCUUACUGUUCCUACCCACGUCCCAUCGGCUACUACCAAUGCGUCCACGACGACAGCCCAGCCCCAGCUAGAGCUGGAAGCAUUACGCGCCCUUGGACUCAAUCCAAACACCGCGCUCAUGCAUCCCGGAUUUUACUAUUAUUUUGCUGCAGAAUGUACCGAGAGAAGGCGUUUACGUUUCCUGCAAGCCCUUGAGGGAGAGUUAGCGCAGGGUAGUGUCUCACAGGCACCAGGAUUCCAGAACGAGAAGAAAGUUGACCAUCUAGGAAGUAUCCUCGAGUUGUACACGAAAGCCUACGAGCUCUUCAAAAAGUACAGUGCACUACUAACAACCUUGCAGAAUCAAAUGAGUGGCCGAUUCACGCUGUCCAUUGCCUACCGCAUUGCGCAAACGUACUACGAGUCGGGUAAAUACGACAUGUCCGUCAGGUUUUUCGAACGCAUAGCACGUACGUACAGCCGCGAGAAAUGGGGUGCUUUACUGCAACCUCUACUAGCGACAUGGUAUGCGUGCGCUCAACAGCUCGGGGACGUCGAGAUGAGCAUUCGUCUGUUAAUCGAAAUGGUUGCUAGAGGCGCUUACACAGAAGAUGACGAGGGGACUCCUGCGGAGGAUUUACAUGCAGUCCUGAAAAGCACGGUGCCUUCACCAGAUGAGGCCCUCGUGGUUGACCUGACUGAUAACGAACCGCUGUUCGAUUGUUCUGUGAUUUUCUGGGCACCAGAGAUCAAGCUCGAUGAACGGGUUGCCUUUCAAAUAAACCUCAGUGUUCCACAAAAUGUUAUCCUCUCGGAGGUACCAAUUGACGCAGUUAAGAUAUUCUUAUCAGAUGGCCGCACGUCGAUCACUUUGCGACACCUCGCCUCGGAGAGCGAUGUGGAUGCCAGCCAAGACAAACGAGGUGAAGAGAAGAUAACGCGAGUCGACAUCGGACACUUAGCGCUUCCAAAUGUAGAAGGAAAGGAAGCCGAUGCAAACCUAACAUGGCGAAGUGGGUCAACAAUUUUCAUAGUCGGAACGUUUUCGUCGGAGAUUCCGCAAGAGCUAAAGUUUACGAGGGUCACAGCAUUCAUUUCUGAAGGGAAAUGGAACAUUGAAGUGCCCUUUAGCGUAACUCGCCGGAGAGACGUACCGCUUGUUAGCCCGAAAUGGUUGAGUUCAAGAGUAUCACAGCCCCCGCAAUACGUUGCAAUUCGACGAGCAAAUGUCUCUUCUGUCAUUGUUAAGCAUCGCCCUCACAGGGUAGACGUCGCCAUCUCUCACCGCGAUCCAGCAUACUUAGACGAACCAUAUCCUAUAAGUAUCGAUGUGACCAACAACGAUGACAAAGAGUUAGAAUUCUCUUUAGAUGUCUUGUUACAGCCAGGAGAUGAUGAUUCUGUCAACCAUAUCGCCGCUGAGGAAGAGCAGUCGUCUGGUCUUAUCAAAGGUAUAUCAUUUGGGAAACUGCACCCCGGUACGACGGCCUGCAAGACACUCCACCUUAUGAGCUCAGGUGUAGCUGGUGAACGCAUGAUUGAUGUUUCCGUCCAAUCACAAACAAUUUCUCCGCUAUCAAAUGUCGAUCCAGGUGCACCAGAGCCUCGCAUGGAAACGAGUGAAGUCCUUCAGACAAUUGUUGUGCCCACUGUUGCACCAUUCGUCGUUGCUCAUCAAACGACUUAUGCUCGCCGUACUUCUGCGGGCCCAGGACCCGCCAGUCUUUCGGCGUUUGAUCCGGACCAUUGGGAUGACAGCCUCGGUGGACGUGCCACAGUUACGACUAUCUUUGAAUGUGUGGAGUGUAUUGGAGCCAGUUGUGUACUGAUCGACAGCAUGAAGCUUCGGACAGAGGAGAACUCGCACUCCAAGCUUAUUCACUGUUCUUUGGAUGAUCAGGAUUUCCCCUCGGAGUUGCUGCCAGGCGACCAGUACUCCGUCACAUGCGAGCUAAGUAUCGCCCCUCCUGACGACAUCUUCGCCGAUCCAGAGACGACUCUAGACAAGAUAGGAGAAUAUUCUUUUAUUUGGAGAAGACUUUCUAAUAUUGGUAAACCCGGUCUACCUGCGUCAACUCGUCUGUCCCUUCCUCCCUUGAAACCACCUUCAGACGGACUAGUGGCUCUUCUAAACGCUCCUCCACUCGUCCAUCUGCACCAGCCCUUCCUUCUUGAGCUAAUUAUUCGGAAUCACCAUCCGACUCGGUCCGCAUGUCCCAUACUUUCUUUGGAGCUCGAGCCAUCAGAAAGUUUCGUCGCCGCCGGCAUCCGCAAUGGAAAGCUUCCGACACUUAUCCCUGGCGCAGAAGAGAAAAUCAUAUGGCAGCUUAUUCCCCUAGAAUGCGGACCUGCGGUUCCACUUCCGAAAAUCAAAGUCACCGAUCGGCGAAGGACUGUUGAGGUGCCGGAGAGUGGGGCUGAGAGACCACCACAACAGGAACUGCCCUCUGCAGGCGAUGAGAUCCGAAUCGUCGAUGUGAAGUGGGAUAGGAGGAUAUCAGAUGGCUCCUAUAUUCCGACAGAUGGGACGGAGCAACCGGCCGAUGGAUUAGGAGUCACUCGGGCUCAAAACUCGUCGGACAAACGCUUCACUAUCAUUGUUUCUCCUGCAUAG